AUGGCCUCGGCCUCCGGGGCAGACCCUCCGAAGACCGAAGAGGCUCCAGCCUCCCCCGCCCCGGCACCGGGGAUCCCCAGCGGGACUCCCACCAGAACCCCUUCCAGGAUGGCUCCUGGGGCCCUGGCCGCCAAACCCCCGCUUGCCCCGAAGCCGGGAACCACGGCGGCCCCCGCAGGGACCGCGCGGGGUGCAGCAGGACAGGUGGUGACAGGUGGACCCGGGGCCGCAGCGGCGCCGUCCGCGUCGGCGUCCCCGGCUCCUGAGGACCCCUCGGCGCCAGGCGCGGGCCCUCCGGGGGCGUGUGAGGCCCCCGUGGCCGUCGUGACGGUGACCCCCGCUCCGGAACCUGCCGAAAACUCUCAAGACCUUGGCUCCACGUCCAGCCUGGGGCCCGGCAUCUCCGGGCCUCGGGGGCAGGCCCCGGACACCCUCAGCUACUUGGACUCCGUGAGCCUCAUGUCCGGGACCUUGGAGUCCUUGGCGGAUGAUGUGAGCUCCAUGGGCUCGGACUCAGAGAUCAACGGGCUGGCCCUGCGCAAGACGGACAAGUAUGGCUUCCUUGGGGGCAGCCAGUACUCGGGCAGCCUAGAGAGCUCCAUUCCCGUGGAUGUGGCUCGGCAGCGGGAGCUCAAGUGGCUGGAGAUGUUCAGUAGCUGGGAUAAGUGGCUGUUGCGGCGUUUCCAGAAGGUGAAGCUGCGCUGCCGGAAAGGGAUCCCCUCCUCCCUGCGCGCCAAGGCCUGGCAGUACCUGUCCAACAGCAAGGAGCUCCUGGAGCAGAACCCGGGCAAGUUUGAGGAGCUGGAGCGGGCCCCCGGGGACCCCAAGUGGCUGGACGUGAUUGAGAAGGACCUGCACCGCCAGUUCCCUUUCCACGAGAUGUUUGCUGCUCGCGGGGGGCACGGGCAGCAGGACCUGUACCGGAUCCUGAAGGCCUACACCAUCUACCGGCCCGACGAGGGCUACUGCCAGGCCCAGGCCCCCGUGGCCGCCGUGCUGCUCAUGCACAUGCCUGCCGAGCAAGCCUUUUGGUGCCUGGUGCAGAUCUGUGACAAGUACCUCCCUGGUUACUACAGUGCAGGGCUGGAGGCCAUCCAGCUGGACGGAGAGAUCUUCUUCGCGCUCCUGCGCCGGGCCUCCCCGCUGGCUCAUCGGCACCUGCGGCGGCAGCGCAUCGACCCCGUGCUCUACAUGACGGAGUGGUUCAUGUGCAUCUUUGCCCGCACACUGCCCUGGGCGUCAGUCCUGCGCGUCUGGGACAUGUUUUUCUGUGAAGGCGUUAAGAUCAUCUUCCGAGUGGCCCUGGUGCUGCUGCGGCACACGCUGGGCUCGGUGGAGAAGCUGCGCUCUUGCCAGGGCAUGUACGAGACCAUGGAGCAGCUGCGCAACCUGCCCCAGCACUGCAUGCAGGAGGACUUCCUGGUGCACGAGGUGACCAAUCUCCCAGUGACAGAAGCCCUGAUCGAGCGGGAAAACGCAGCCCAACUCAAGAAGUGGCGAGAGACCCGGGGGGAGCUGCAGUACCGGCCUUCGCGGCGCUUGCACGGCUCCCGGGCCAUCCACGAGGAGCGCCGGCGACAGCAGCCGCCGCUCGGCCCCUCCUCCAGCCUCCUCAGCCUCCCCGGCCUCAAAAGCAGAGGCUCCCGGGCCGCGGCAGGAGCCCCCUCCCCACCUCCGCCAGCCCGCAGGGCCAGUGCCGGGCCGGCCCCAGGGCCCGUGGUCACCGCUGAGGGACUGCACCCAUCCCUGCCCUCACCUACCGGCAACAGCACCGCCCUGGGCUCCAGCAAGGAGAGCCGGAAGCAGGAGAAGGAGCGGCAGAGGCAGGAGAAGGAGCGGGAGAAGGAGAGCCGGAAGCAGGAGAAGAAGCAGGAGAAGGAGCGGGAGAAGGAGCGGCAGAAGCGGGAGAAGGAGCGGCAGAGGCAGGAGAGGAGCCAGGGCCGGAAGCUCUCGCUGCGGCGGAAGGCCGACGGGCCCCCGGCCUCGGCGGACGGCGCGGACGCGGACGGCGGGGACAGGGCCUCGGCCGCCGAGCCCCGGCAGGACGCCUACUUCUGA